AUGAAUGCUACAGAGGUUAACCGAACAGAUCACUGCCUGCAGUUUUCCUGUCCAGAGAGGUCUGUGUCUACUGCAGUGUAUGUGUUGCUGUAUGUGUGUGCAGCUGCUGUAGUUCUGCUGACAGUGUGUGGAAAUCUGCUCAUCAUCAUCUCCGUCUGCCACUUCAAGCAGCUCCACACACCGACUAACAUGCUCGUCCUCUCCCUGGCUGUGUCAGACUUUCUGGUCGGGCUUUUUGUGAUGCCGUUCCAUUUCAUGUGGUUGAUUGAGUCGUGUUGGAUGUUUGGACACGUUUUCUGCGUCCUGUUUAACUUUGUCAGUUUUCAGCUCACCAGCGUCUCUGUGGGGAACAUCGCUCUCAUUGCUCUGGAUCGUUAUGUUGCUCUAAGUCACCCGUUUCUUUACUCAAAGGACGUUACAUCAACGGUCAUUCACGCCGUAAUAUUACUGACAUGGUUGUUCUCCUUAUUAUACAACUUUGCAAUGUUUUAUGUGGGUGGAAACUUCACAGAUUUAGUCCUGUGCCCUGGAGAGUGCCUCUACUAUCUGGGUGAAACGAACUCCUUAGUUGACCUGCUGUUCGUAGUCAUUGUUCCAUGCACUCUGAUGGUGGUUUUGUAUGUACAGGUGUUUGUCAUUGCUCGGAGACACGCCAACGCUAUAAGAGAACUCAAUCACAACGUCAAAAGCAUUUCCAAAAUGAGCUCGGACUCCAUGAGAUCUGAGAGAAAAGCUGCCAAAGUUCUUGGCGUUCUGGUGAUCGUGUUCCUGGUGUGUUUAGUGCCGUACUAUGUCUGUAGUUUAAUGAGUGAUGCAGUCAGUGCCGACUCCUCGUACCUUGUGGUAAAUAACAUUUUGAUUCUCUUUUAUCUCAAUUCUUCGAUAAAUCCGGUGAUCUAUGCCUUGUUUUACUCUUGGUUCCAGAGGUGCAUGAAGAUGAUUCUGACUUGCAAAAUACUGCACACAGACUGCUCUUUUGUAAAUGUGCUGGGAAUAAACAGCUAA